CAACCAAUUUGUUUACGUGUAGUGUAAGAUACGAAUAUUUUGUGCCGGCCCGAUUUUUAUAUAUUUUUUUAUUGAAAUUUUAAUAAAAUUAACACUAAAAACAAAUUAAAUUCAACGUUUUUAGGUUCAGUUAUUAUUUUUAUAUCGAAGAAGCUGUAGGAAAUUGCAGUGAAAAUGGCUGUAUCAACAACAGUAUCGUUGGUUUUGUCAUCGGUGUUUGCGGUUUUGUUGUUUUCAACAAUGCAACUGUAUCGUCCAUGGUUUGCAUCAAAUCAAUUAAACACCAUUCUUGGCGGCUAUAUCGGCUCUUGGCUAUUUGUGCUCGCACUGACGGCCAUUUCGAACCUCGAGACAAUUGUUCUCGGUGAUGGUUUUCAAGCUAAACUCUUUCCGGAAAUUUGCUUCUGUUUGGUUGGCACGAUGUUUGCCUGUGGUACAAUUCACCGUGUUUCCGCUACUACUUGUUUCCUCUUUUCAAUUUUCGCCUUGUACUUCGUCAAUAAAAUCUCACAAAAAUCACAAAAUGCCGCAAUGCCUGCUGUAGAUGCUCACACAAGUUCAAAGAAGAAGCGAAAAUAAGCAAUGCAAAUAGACAAAGAAUAUAAAAAAAAUCUCAUUCAACGUGCAUUUUAAACCACAUUUGGGUGGAGCGUUGAUCGUAUAUUACUUUUCAAGUGCAAACCGAACAAAUGCAAUUUAAAUCAUUGAUUAAAUCAACAUAAAUAAAUGAACAACUCUAACAUUCUCUGAA